AUGGGGUGUAAGGCGUGCGACAAGCCCAGACCGAGCUACCGGAAGGGGCUGUGGUCGCCGGAGGAGGACCAGAAGCUCCGCGAUUACAUUCUCCGGCACGGCCACGGCUGCUGGAGCGCGCUUCCCGCCAAAGCCGGACUCCAGCGGAACGGCAAGAGCUGCAGGCUGCGGUGGAUCAACUACCUGCGGCCGGGGCUGAAGCACGGCAUGUUCUCGCCGGAGGAGGAGGAGACGGUGAUGAGCCUCCACGCCGCCCUCGGCAACAAGUGGUCGAGGAUCGCACGGCAUUUACCGGGCAGGACCGACAACGAAGUGAAGAACUACUGGAACUCGUACCUCAAGAAGAGGGUCGAGGGUGGCAAGGAGGCCCCCAACUCGCCCAACCGGCACGCGGCGAGCUCAGCCGCGGAGUCGGACGGGUCCCAGAGCCAGAGCACAGGGGAAGUCGGUGCGGCGCAGGAACGGGCCGGCCGGCCGUCGAACUCCGGCUCAUCGGAGCCGCCCGGCACCUGCUGGGAGUUUCUGGAGCAGUUGGACAGCAUGGAUCAGAUGCAGGCGGGCGGCGGGUUCUGCGACCUGCUCUCCGUGACCGAGUUCUUCGGGCUCAACUAG